GGUUUUGGUGGUGGCUCUUGCCAGCUGGGAGGAAGCCGCAAUGUCUCCUCCUGCUCAACUCGAUUCGUCUCUGGGGGCUCAGCUGGGGGCUAUGGAGGUGGCAUGAGCUGUGGCUUCGGCGGUGGCUUCGGCGGUGGUUUCGGCGGUGGCUUCGGCGGUGGCUUCGGUGACUUCGGUGGUGGCGAUGGUGGCCUCCUCUCCGGCAAUGAGAAGAUCACCAUGCAGAACCUCAACGACCGGCUGGCCUCCUACCUGGACAAGGUGCGCGCCCUGGAGGAGGCCAACACCGAGCUGGAGGCGAAGAUCCGGGACUGGCACCUGAAGCAGAGCCCAUCCAGCCCGGAGCGAGACUACAGCAACUACUACAAGCUCAUUGAUGAGCUCAGGGAGAAGAUCCUGGCAGCCACCAUCGACAACAACCGGGUCAUCCUGGAGAUCGACAACGCCAGGCUGGCCGCGGAUGACUUCAGGCUCAAGUAUGAGAAUGAGCUGGCCCUGCGCCAGAGCGUGGAGGCCGACAUCAACGGCCUGCGCCGGGUGCUGGAUGAGCUGACCCUGUCUAAGACUGACCUGGAGAUGCAGAUCGAGAGCCUGAACGAGGAGCUGGCGUACAUGAAGAAGAACCACGAAGAGGAGAUGAAGGAGUUCAGCAACCAGGUUGUAGGCCAGGUCAACGUGGAGAUGGAUGCCACUCCAGGCAUUGACCUGACCCGGGUGCUGGCCGAGAUGAGGGAGCAGUACGAGGCCUUGGCAGAGAAGAACCGCCGGGACGCCGAGGAAUGGUUCCACAACAAGAGUGCAGAGCUGACCAAGGAGGUGACUUCCAGUACCAGCAUGCUCCAGACCAGCAAGACAGAGAUCACAGAGCUCAGGCGCACACUCCAGGGCCUGGAAAUCGAACUACAGUCCCAGCUCAGCAUGAAAGCCGGUCUGGAGAGCACAGUGGCAGAGACGGAGUGCCGCUACGCCCUCCAGCUGCAGCAGAUCCAGGGGCUCAUCGGCAGCAUCGAGCAGCAGCUGAGCGAUCUCCGCAGUGAGACGGAAUGCCAGAACCAAGAGUACAAGAUGCUGCUGGAUAUCAAGACGCGCCUGGAGCAGGAGAUCGCCACCUACCGCAGCCUGCUCGAGGGCCAGGAUGCCAAGUAG